GUUUUGUUCCCAGAUAGCUCGAUCCAUCAUGGCGAUGCAUGCGAAGGCGACUCCGCCGCAGAUCCCGGACACCCGCCGGGAGCUCGCCGAACUGGUGAAACGGAAACAAGAACUCGCAGUGAGUACAUAAUACUGCAGUUUUAUAAAUAACUCGAACGUCCUAGCAUUUCCAAUAAAAACCAUCUGUAAAAUUGGUUACAUCGUUUGCAAGCGAAGGCCUCUCGUGAUGCUAAGCUAACACUAGCGGUUGCUAACAGAGGCUAACCGUCGGUUCGCUUCUGCGCAGUUCGGUCCAACGAUGCUAAUGGCUAAUGCUAACAAACCAGCGGCUACUGACAAUAGCGUGAAAGGGGCUUGGUGUUUGUUUGCUGUCUCGUUUUCUGAGGCUAAAUAACAUGGCAGACUUUAAAUAAAAUGUUACACCUUAAACCAGUCGUCUUUUAUUAUUAGACGAAGUGUAAAGGCGGGCAUGGCUACACUGUAGCUGCCGCCCGGUUUGGAGUUCUCGCGUUACUUCAAGCCUGAGCGCGAGUUGGAUUUCUGGUUGCAGACAAAACACACCGACACCUACUGCACAGGAGAAGGUUACAUGAGUUAUGUAAAUCAAUUUUUAUCAAAAUUCUAAAAAAUAUAACCCCUUCUUGUUUCAUUUUGCCCAUUUCUCCUGUAUAUGCUCAAGGUUGUAUUUGUAUCUACCAAUAACAAUGCUUUAUAUAACCCUGUUUAGUCAAACCUAGUGAUAAUGAGUAGGGAAAUAUUUAAAUGUAAAUGUUCUUGUUUUAUACAGGCCUUUACAGCAACAGCAAAACCAGUAAAAGCAAUUAUAAAAUAGUCAAAUUCAAUGCAAUAAAAAAAAUAAAGUGUCUCCACGCUACUGGGUAUUAAAAGCCAGCAUAAAUAAGUAUGUUUUAAAUAGAGAUUUAAAAAGGCCCAGGUUGGAAAUAAGUCUCAUUUCGAAGCUUAUUCCAGAGCCUGGGACCAGCAUCUAAAAAAGGCCACUUCAGUGCUUGUGUUUUGACCUGGGCACCUACAGCAGAAGCUGAUUUGACAAACCUCAGAGCUCUCUACUGGCUCCCAAACGGUUCAAAGAUCAGAUUUAAGAUUGAUUUGAUUGCUUCUUAACAUCCAGUUCCUUAAUCUUUUGUUUUCUAUACAACAGGAAACACUAGUAAACUUGGAACGGCAAAUAUAUGCAUUUGAAGGGAGCUACCUAGAAGACACCCAGAUGUAUGGCAACAUCAUCAGAGGAUGGGACAGAUACCUCACCAACCAAAAGUAAGUACAGCAUGGGUUUCUCUGUCUACAGAGCUGCCAAGCGUCACGCUUUGACGCUCAAGUCUCACUCUUGUCACUUUCUGAAACUUGGCAGCCCUGGUCUAUAUGCAGCGUAUUCCUCUUUAAGUGUACUAAACAUGAUCAUAUCUAUCUCAUUUCCAGGAACUCUAACAGUAAGACGGAUAGGAGGAAUAGAAAAUUCAAGGAAGCUGAGCGUUUAUUCAGCAAGUCAUCAGUCACGUCCGUUGCAGUAAGCCAAUUUUCAAAUUUUUUAAACCUGUGUAUCAGCUGCUUAAUGAACCACUGAUUCAACUGAGCUCUCUGUUUGAUUGACAGGCCGUUUGUGCGCUUGGUGGAAUUCCAGAUCACAUGAACGAAAAGCGUGAGUUGCUUUCAUAACUCUUUUGAGCCCAACAGUACUGUGAAAGUUUUCUUCUUUAUUUUAUUUUGUGAAGUUCUGAUGUUGAGUGUGUGCUGGUGUUGAUCUCCCCCGUCAGGUGAGGCAGGCAGCGGCACAGAAAGCGACACCUCUCCUGAUCUCCAGAACCAAGAGAACGAGCCCAGCCAGGAGGACACAGAGGACGUGGACUCGACGCUGCAGGACCUGAAGCCUCAGAAAGCCGCCUCCUCUUCAUCCUCAGGCAGUCAUCACGGGAGCCACAAGAAGAGGAAGAACAAAAACAGACACAGGUACAAAAUCGAAAUAAACAAUGCUGUGUGUUAGCAUGCAGUUAAAAUGAGUUUUACUGUUGUUGUGUUGUUUUUUGACAGUUUUAUGAGUUCUUGAGUAACUUUCUCAGUUUGUUUAAAGCUUACCAGUUAUUUUUUAAACUUUCAGAUACAGGGUCACUGUGAGAAAGUGUGUUACAUUCGAUAACCCAUCAGUUUCUGUUGGGCAUCUUCCUUGGCUCGGAGGUUGGCAUGAAGCAACUGAAAGGCGUUAGUCGCUCUUUAAGGUCCUUACACACCGGGGCUGACACAAAUAUAGAACGUGAAAUUACGAAAUAUUCUGAGGCGAAUAUUGACGCGCCCGCCUAUACACAUUAAGAUCCAACGCUAUAACUCUCCACAAGUUGUCCUUCAGGUCGUUAUCUUUGUAAUGUUUGUGUUUUUUUAUGAAAGAGCACUCUGUUCUCUGACACGUAAACAAUUAGCCAGUCAGCCAUGUUGGAUAUACCGGUGACUCUGAUGUCGCAACAACAUGAAAUUCUGAUUGGUCAGAAGUGGACACACAGUAUGCGAAACUUUAGAAAAAUCGACCAUGAUACGAAAAAAUAAAUACCGCAAUAUCGCAGGACAGGAAAACGUCGCCGAUGUGAACGCUUGUAUUGACAGGAUAUUGGUUUGAAAAAAAAAUAUUGACGUCCAAAAUAAUCCCACGACAAAAACGGUCCCAGUGUGAAUGGACCUUUAGUCUCUUUUCUCUUGGUUUCCAUGGUUACAGGACAGCUCUGCCUGUCACUGAAUUGCCCCAGACCCCCCAGUGUAUCAAAAUUAAAAAUCAAAUCACAAAGAAAUAAAAUUAAAUGAAGUAAAAACAUUAUUUUUCAAGUGUCAGAUUUAAAAUAAAAGAGGCUGAGAAGAAAAAAGAUGACAAACUGCUUUCACCACAAGGAGGCGCCAGAAUCAACUCUCCUCCUCACAAGAACUUAAAGAGACUUUGUAACACAUUAACACACUUACAGUCUGUUUUUGUUAUUGUAAGAGUUAAAGUCACAGUUGUGAAUGUUAAAAUGGUCAAUGCGCUUCUGUUUAAUUUUCAUUAUUUACAUUUUAAAGUAUUCAGGAUAAGUCGUUGAGCAGUGUGUGUAUGUUCUCGUGUUCCCACAUAUUGAAAAUGUCGUCCUGUUUUCUUCUGAAGUCUGAAGCUAACCUGACAUUAACACAGCAGGUGCUCUCAGUGACAGAGUGGCUCUCCCGCUCUUUAAAGUCUGGACUGCAGUAUGAUGUAGACGUAGGGCUUUAGACUCAGGUUGGUGAACUAACAGCUGCUGCUUUCUUCCUCCUCCCCCUUAAUGCUGCCCCCUCCCCUCCCUCAGUCCUUCUGCCAUGUUUGAUUAUGACUUUGAGUAAGUCUGGAUUUUACUUCCUGCUCCUACUGUGUGUACAUCCUGCCUGCUUGUAAACCCCAUCCUCGACUUUUCCACCUUUCUUCCUGCUUCCAGUUUGCUCUCGCUGAACUAGACUUUAAGUUAAAGCCUGCUAGUUACUCAGUCAUACUGCAUGUCCAACACUUGACUCUUCACAUCUGAAUGCAUAUCAGCAACCUGCACUCUGAGCUCCAUUAGAUAGUCUUGCUUGCUGCUGGGGUACUUCAUGUCUUUCUUACUCCAGAGUCAUUUUUGAGUGUGCCUCCCCGAUUCCAGCAAUCGAAUCAGACAUUGCUGAUGUUUUCCAAACGCUGGGCCUGCUGCAGAUCCGUGCACAAACAAGAACAAACACAUGUUCAUUUAGCGUUCUUGUUAUGGGCUUGUUUUUUUUUAGGCUUUUUCAUGACACAGUAGUGGUUUGGCUUUCACCAUUCCUCCCAUUAAAACCAGGACGUAAUCUCCUCCUUUUUAACGUGGCCCUCUUUUGUUCUUGUUGCAGAUUUGACAUGAAAGUGAACAAGAAACCGAGAGCUGUAAGUUGAAUUCUUGCUUUUUAAAUUAAAAAUACUCCUUUUUAUCUGAACUACACUUUCAAAUGACUUUUCCUUUGUUUACUGUCUGUUCCGCUGCAGGAUUAUUCGACCUAACGAACGACUGGAGGACCUGGACUGACAAAAGGAUACAUGUGGAGAAACACAAGAUAUCUGGACUUUGUGAACUUUUUAUGUGUUUUUUUUUUCUUUUCGUUCUCGGUUGUCAUAUUUCAGCCUGUACUGUGUGCAUUGCUUGAAACAUUCCCCUCACAGCCCACCUUCGGUCAUGUUUAACAUUUUUGAUCUACUUCCAUUAAGUAGAAAUAUGGUGUUGCAUGUUACUCGAGGCCUGAUGAAGCCCAUCUCCGGUAACACACCAUCUUGUAUAGUGUUUAAAAAAAACUGUAUUUAUUAUGUAGUUGAUCUCCGUGUCUCCAUCAGCAAGAAAGUCACGUUUUUUUUUUCUUUUCGUUAAGCAUCACAUAGCUGUUUACCCCCAAAUACCCUGGGAUUCUUUUAUUACAUGGUUGUUUUUCAAGAAAAUAAAAAAUACCCGUAACGUGAUCAAGUUUUGGUUGUUCAUUCAAAGAUCGAGGAAACAAAAACAGUCCGUCUUAUUUAUUUUAGACCGUAAGGGAUUGUUUAAUGUUUUGGAUUGGCUGAUAAGUUGUUGCUUGCUCCACUUUCAUUCGCAGUGUUGAUCACUUGCAGAUGCAGGUCUGCGAAACCUUUAAAUCGAACCCUAUGCUGGCUGGAGUUCCCACACACACGGUCUAUAAAAUUUAUGAUAUGGAAUAGUUUACAAUCCAGAUAUCAGUGUUUACUUGUAUAGAGGAAAGCCAGUGCGUUCUCCCUCCUGACAGUGCUCAGCUUGUUUUAUGAAAAUAGUUACUUAAGUAAACAGGCCUCUUAAAACACCGGCUCAUGACAGAACCAUGCUAUUUACACAGACUUCUCUGGCUUUUCUCAGUCAUAAACUUUGGUAUUACAUGUUUUUAUACCAAAUAGAUGAUUGAAACAC